AUGGCCAAACAUAAUUCCAAAAGGAACAGUUCCGAAUCUCAAAGAUCAUCAUAUCAUGGAGAACCAAAUUUUGGUGCUGCUCAAGAUAAAGAGAAUAAAUUAAGCGCUGUUGAGUUCAUACAAGAAUCACCUACCAAAGCAUCUGAAAUAUUGAGUCGCAGAUCUUCUAUCUUAAAGUUUUUUGGCAAAAGUACAAGUGAAGGGAACUCAACAUUAAAGUCUUCAAGUCCAAAGAACAAGGUUGAUGAAGAAAAAAAAUCAGAAGAUUUGAUUACAGAAAAUUUUGACCCACAAUCACCAUUAACAGGUAAAGAUGAUUCGUUGAGAAAGAAAAAUUCAAUCAUUGAUAGGACAAAAAAAGCAGUAAAAGGUUCCCCAAUUUACGAAAGCAUCUCACAGCUUUUUGAAUCAGUUAGAAUUGGAACAACUUCAAAGACUUCAAGUCCAAAAGUCAAAGAAUCAAAUGUGAAUUUUGAUGAAGUUUCAGAGACAUCCCGAAACCAAGGUAAAGAAGUUGAAGCAGUGAAAGGUUCUCCUAAGCUCUUUGAAUCAGUUAGAAUUGGAACAACUUCAAAGACUUCAAGUCCAAAAGUCAAAGAAUUAAAUGUGAAUUUUGAUGAAGUUUCAGAGACAUCCCCAAACCAGGUUAAAGAAGUUGAUAAUAAAGGUGUGCCAAUUAAGAAGAAAGAAUCAAAAAGAUUUAAACAAUUGAAAGCGGAUUAUGAGGCAAUUCAAGUUACACCAUCCAGUGAUACACAAACCAGACAACAAAAGACGUUGAAUUUCCUCAUUAUGAAUGAGUACGCUUCAAGGUAUGAGCCCGAUAAGGUAGAUAACACUAAAGAUCAGUUUACGUGGUUAAGACCUAAAUCAAAUGAACACAUAAAUAAUGAAGAUGAAUUAGUUAAUAACAAUAAUGUUCAUAAAAUUGUUAAAAAUCCAAACAAUCUGACAGUGAGAACUUCCAAUACUCAAAAAGAAUCCAAAGAAAUGAAACAAGCAAUAAUCAUUUUCAAGCAGAAAAUUGAUAUUAUUGACUCUAUAGUAAAACCAAAUGCUGAAAAUCCAACUGUGACACGUCGUAUUCUAAAAGGAAUGAAGAUUAAAAGGUUUUCAUCUGAAAAACAAAAGAAAGAAACCCUUCAACAAGCGGCAGCUAAGUCCAUGGAAGAUGUUGUACUAGAUCCAAAAAUGGAUUACAUAAAUGUUUUGGAUUGCCUUACAGAUUUAAUUGGUCGCUACCAUUCCUCUGGAGAAAAACCUGAGUAA